AACAGUAUUGCCAUCUACAAUACGAAACUUAUACUUUGAGUGUACUUAAAUAUUUACCGUUUGCUUUUAAAUAUUUAUUAAUCGGAAAACUUAAGAUAAAAUUUAACAAAAUGCAGUUUCUUUGAGUUAAACACAAAAAAACAUAUAUUACAGUAUUGCCAUAUUUAUAGUAUAAGAAUUAUUGAAAAUAUGAUUACCUUAAGAGGAAAAUUGAAAAAAGAUAGUGAUAUAGCAAACUCAAAAAAUAAAGAUUAUAAUAAACGUGUUUCUGUUCGUGACAAGUUAUUAAUCAAAGAGGUUCAGGAAAUGGAACAAACUUUACCUACUACAUGUCAAGUAAAAUUUCAUGAUCCUCAUUGUUUACAUGAAUUUACUCUUUUGAUUGUUCCUGAUGAAGGAUAUUGGACUGGAGGAAGAUUUCAAUUUCAAAUAUAUAUACCGGAAGAAUAUAAUAUGGCUCCACCAAAAGUUAAAUGCUUAACAAAGUUAUGGCAUCCUAAUAUAAAUGAAGAUGGUAAUGUAUGUCUUUCAAUUUUAAGACAAAGUAGUAUAGAUGAGAUGGGAUGGGCACCAACUCGUAAGCUUAAAGAUGUUGUGUGGGGUUUGAAUUCUCUUUUCACUGAUCUUUUAAAUUUUGAUGAUCCUUUAAACAGAGAAGCAGCUGAUCUAUUUAUAAAAGAUAAAGAAUCCUUUCGAAGUAAAGUUAAAGAUUAUGUUAUGCAAUAUGCAAAAAGAUGAUUUAGAAGUGGAUAAUAUUAUAAAAAUAUAAUUGUAUAUUUAUGAAAUUUAGAUUUUUAUUUUGAUGAAAAUUUCAAAUUUGAUUAAAAAAUACUUUUUCAAAUGGAUGUCAACCAAUUAUUUGAUUAACAUAUGCUACUAAUCUUCUUAUUUUAAGGAGAUUAUUUGUUAUUUUUUAUUUUCUUAAUCGUAUAUACAGCUUUUGAAUAUUAUGAUACUUCAUUGCAAAAAUUUUAAAUUUACUUAAUUAAUGGUACAGAGGAAAUAAGAGGAAAGAGUAUGUCAUGUGUAUAAUAUACUUAUCCUUUUUAUAGAAUGUUGUAAUGAUAACAGAUCAUAAUUUGUAAAUAAAGUCGAUAUUUAAUAAUAAAGCUUUUUUAAAUUU